CGUUGAACACGCCUGAACGCUUAUUAGCACGUAGAAAUGAUAUUUACCUUUAUACUUUAAUUUCGGUUACGUUAAAGUUAGUGCCGAUCGGUUUUAAAAUGUGUUUAUUACAUUUAAUGUUUAUCGGUGCUGCGCUAUUUCGGGUAUUAGUUCUGGAAAAUCGGAAAACGAUGUAAACAGUACUCGAUGCAGUAAAAACAUGGAAAAGGAAAAACCGAAAAUUUUGGGUCCUAAACCCAGCAUCGCAAACAAACCAAAACACGUCCCCCCGGUUCCAUUAUCCAAUGAACGAUUGAAUAAGGAGAACGUGACAAGGACGGGAUCUUUUCGAAAUAGAGAACAAAUCGAACAGCACAAGAGAAUUGGCUCAAACGAAACAGCGGUGCCUUAUAAUUCUAAGACCACACGAGGGGAUGAAUUGGCGGUGAGAAAACCUUCUAAUCUACACGUUCAAAACUCCCAAGAUAAACAUGGAAUUCCAAAACCAAAACUGCCUACUCCCAUUUCCGAUACUCAUUUCGGAGAACAGCAUCGAUGUGAAAAAAUCAGUGAUAAUCAGUCGACUACAACGACUUUUGAAUGGCACAAACCCUCAUCCGAUCAUAAACAACCCACAUCACCCAGCACAGUAUGUUGUAGUAUCCUUUCAAGUGCCGCUAACGACUGCUGCGGAAUUAUUUUAAAUACCGGAAAAGAACUCCAUGGUAAAACAUUAACACACGUUGAAUCGUCAGAUUCAAAUUCGUCUGAUUCAGGUGGGUUUAAAGAUUUCGUUCAACCAGAAAUGUCAAAUAUGACGAAAUCGCAUCAAAGAAAAGUGUCGCAACCUGAUUAUACCGACUGUCCGAAGACUUUUACCCAUCAACGAAACGCAUCUCAACCCGAAAACAUAUCAAAACCAAGACCGAAACCUUCGAUAAACAACGCUCAAGCCUUAGCCCAAUACCUCCCACAAACCGCUCAACAUUUCAUAACAAAAUCAUCUAUCGACCGAAACGAAGAUUUCGCACAGACCAUCGCCAAAUUUAAUCAACAAUUUCACGCUGCGGCGGCCAUUAACAAUAAGACUGAAGACUUUAAACAGAACCCGCGACCAAUAUCGAAGACACAAUUUCAACAGUCAACGAAAAAACUCGAACAGUUAUUAUCUCAAGGACCAGACAAAGAAAAAUUGAUGAAGUAUGCAGGGAUUGCAGUUUCCGAUGGAGAUACUAGAGUCGAUAUUGAGCAAAAGAUGAAGUUACAGAAACAACUUCAACAUAAAUUGCAUACGGAUUUACAACAAACGGUGAAGCAAAUACAGGAAAUUAGGAGUAUUGAGAUAAGACUACCUCAAAACCAGGAAUUAACAGAGAGUACUAGAACACCUUCGGGGAUAGUUCUCCAACAAAAGAGUUGGAACUUGCCUCAAGGAUCCCACACAAAACAUUCGUAUUCCAAUGGAGAUGUUCACAAAUCAAUGACGAAAGAUCAACAACAAAACGGAUUGGUUCAUAGAGAUGACAAUUUAGUAUCAGGAUCAUUAGAUUCGUUGAUAUUGCACAUGGUGCCAACAAACGUUUAUUAUCCUGAUAAGGCGUACAUUUUCGCUUUUCUACUUUCGUCACGUCUCUACAUUAAACCUCACGAUUUGCUCGACCGGAUACGAAGUAUAAGCGAAAGUCAACAGAACGCGAGAUCUUCUGCUGGUUCGGAGAAUCACGGGUGUACAAAGUUUGCUGAAAAUUUAGUUAAGUUACUUGAAGAAUGGACUCAAACAUUUCCCUACGAUUUCAGGGAUGAACGAGUUAUGCAAUAUGUAAGAACAUUCACUCAGUAUUGUUGCACAUUAAACUCAUCAUUACGUGCAAACGUCUCCAACCUCUUGCACAAUCUCCUUCAAAAAUUAACGGCCCUGGAAGCUUACGACAAAUCAGUUGAAACGCCAAUGGUAUCAAUCGAAGGACUUCCCGGUGAUAUAACGGAAUUAUGUCCCAAUCCGGGUGUUCUAGCACAACAAUUAACGCACAUUGAACUCGAACGAUUAUCGUUUAUCGGCCCCGAAGAAUUCGUUCAGGCAUUUGCCAAAGAAAAUCUUUUUUUGGAGAACGCUUUUCGGGAUAUGAAGAAAACGCGCAAUUUAGAGCACUACGUACAAUGGUUUAAUAGGUUAAGUUAUUUCGUUGCCACACAAGUUUGCAAGUGUCCAAAGAAGAAACAACGUGUUAAAGUUGUUGAGUAUUGGGUUGAAGUCGGUGGGGAAUGUUUGAAUAUCGGGAAUUUUAAUAGCUUGAUGGGUAUUAUUGCUGGUUUGAAUAUGUCUCCGAUUGCCAGAUUAAAGAAGACGUGGAGUAAAAUUCAAUCUGGAAAGUUUGCUAUUUUGGAACAUCAAAUGGAUCCAAGUAACAACUUUAGCAGCUACAGAAGCACAUUAAAAGCAGCAAUGUGGAGAAGUGAAGGUGCUACUGACCAACAACAAAAAAUUGUGAUACCUUUCUUUAGUUUAUUGGUGAAAGAUUUAUACUUUUUAAAUCAAGGAUGUUCCAACAAAUUACCAAAUGGUCACAUAAACUUUGAAAAAUUCUGGCAGCUAGCAAAACAAGUAACGGAAUUUAUGGUAUGGAAACAAAUAGAAUGUCCUUUUGAAAAGGACCCGAAAGUACUUUCAAUGCUUUUACACGGACCCGUUCAUAACGAAAAUGCUUUAGCUUUGGCAAGCUUUGAAUGUGAACCUCCUGAUAAUAGUCAAGAUAAAGAACGGUGCAAAAGCUUAAAAGUCGAUGGUAUUACCAAUUAGACUGUUCAAUCUAACCCCCUUUUUAGAUAUAUAUUCUAUAUCUAUACACAAAUUUAUCUAUAUAUUAAUAUGUAUGAUUAUAUUUAUACAUACAAGUAUUAUUCCGCACAUUGUGGAACACUUUAUAUAUUAUACAUACAGCUUAAAUUAUUGUCAUUGUACUCCUCAGUAAGUUUCGUCGUGGAUAUUAAUAGAUUAAGUGAGUAAUAAAACUAUAUAAUAUAAUAAAAUUAUUAAACCCAGAA